AUUUUAAAGAGGUCCUGUCCAUAAUGACCAAGUAGCAUUUGGGAGUCCCUUAUCUUUGCAGUUCAACGCCAAUGAUGCCUCGACUUUACAACCUCUAUCUCUUCGCUUACAAUUCUUUUCAGACUAUCGGAUGGACAAUCGCUGUCUUUAGAAUAGCAAGCAGCUUCAUAUCGAGCAGGUCCCUAAAUGGAGCCUACGCUUCAUCUGGGGACCUAAUUUGUUUUCUGCAGACUGCUGCGUUCUUGGAAAUUAUACACGGAGCCAUUGGUCUUGUGCCGAGUGGAGCUCUGCUUCCACUGAUGCAAUGGGGAGGAAGGACUCACUUUCUGCUGGCGAUUGUUCGACAAAUAAAUGAGGUCCAAGAAUUGCCAUCGGUUUUUAUAACUUUCAUUGCUUGGAGCCUAAGUGAGGUAGUUAGAUAUUCACAUUAUGCUUUGAAUUGCAUUGGAAGUUGUCCAUAUUGGAUUACCUAUAUCAGGUAUACUGCAUUCAUCUUGCUGUAUCCUGUGGGAUUGAUAGCUGGAGAAAUGUGGCUAAUGUACCAAGCACUUCCGUACAUAGAGGUGAAGAACCUCUAUGCCGAUUUCUUCGCUCACCUGCAUUUCAGCUAUUAUAACUUUGUCAGGGAUAGGGAUGGAUUAUUAAUUUGGACAAAAUAAAAUGGUUUUGCUUCUGGUUUACCCGUUCCUUUGGUUGAAACUUUACCUGCAUUUGUUUAAGCAGCGGCGUUCAAAACUGGGUAAGCACCAUGAGAAGAAGAAAAAGUGAAAGACCAGUUUUUGUUAUGUAUUCCAUUUUAAGUACCACUCACCGUGGUUUUGAGACAUUGAGAAGCAUGUACUUAUCCACACUUGCAUAAUUGGAAAUUUUAGAAAGUUAGAAAUAACUGGUUAAUGGUGGAGUAGCUUGAAACACCAAUUCCACUGGUCAGAUUCAGAAUUGUGAUUUAGAAAUUUGAACAGAGUGGUUUAUUGGUAUUUUGCCUUUUCAAUUCAAAAGGAUGUGUUAUUUAAAGCCUUUUGCUAGAAAUUAUAAAGCAAAAUUCUCAUUUAACGCACAUAUUAGACAGUUUAAAUGUGUGGCUAUGCAACUUAUAUGUAAAGGUAACAUAUUAAAAUAUCUUUGUUAUCCUUGUAAUCUA